UGGUGAUGUUUGGACAUGUUUGUCGUGUCUGCUGCUUCGGAGGAAGACGGGAGGGGUGUCGGGACAUUCCUUGAGCCCUGUUAUCCCUACAGUAACUAUAGCCUUUGGCAGGAAUGCGGGUGAUUCAUUUCGGGUCUGGGAGACAGCAGCGUGCCCCGCUCCGCUCUUUUCACCAAACCCUGCGAAUUCAGCUCGGCUAAAUAAACACCGCUCUGAAACAAAACAGCGCUUCACUCCGGGCUCUGGGCAAGAUCACACUUUCCUCCCUCCCUCUCCCCUCCCCUUCCCUGCCGUCCCCUCCCUCUCUGCCCCUUCCCUGCUUUUCCCCUCCCUCUCUCCGGCAGCAGCUCCGCUCCCUCCGAUCCGCCCUGGCAGCUUCACGCUGGGGCUGGGGCUGCCCGGGAGCGCUCUGCCCAUCCCUACACAUCCCUAUCCAUCCCUAUCCAUCCUUUUCCAUCCCUAUCCAUCCCUGCCAGCCCUGCCCAGCCCUGCCCAGCCCUGCCCGGACACCAAAAGUUGUGCGGAGCUCCGAGGAUGGGAGCGCAUCUUCUGCAGCCGCUGGCCCUGCGGCUCCUGGCGCUGACUUUCCCCUUGGUGGCCAAAGGUUUUCCCGACGAAACCUUAGAGAAAGCCGCCAAAUCCGAGGGAUAUUGCAGCCGGAUCCUGCGAGCCCAAGGCACCAGGAGGGAAGGGUACAAUGAAUUCAGCCUCAGGGUGGAGGGCGAUCCGGAAUUUUACAAGCCUGGGAACAGUUACCGGGUGACCCUUUCUGCUGCCACCCCUGCCUACUUCCGAGGGUUCACGCUGAUCGCACUCAAGGAGGGAAAGGAAGGGGACAAGGAGGAAGACCAUGCAGGAUCUUUCCAGAUCAUAGAUGAAGAAGAAACCCAGUUCAUGAGCAAUUGUCCCGUUGCUGUGACUGAGAGCACGCCGAGGAGGAGGACACGGAUCCAGGUGUUCUGGACUGCUCCUCCCUCUGGGACAGGCUGUGUGAUCCUCAAAGCCAGUAUUGUGCAGAAGCGCAUCAUUUAUUUUCAAGACGAGGGCUCUCUCACCAAAAAAAUUUGUGAACAAGACUCAGCCUCGGAAGGUGUGACCGACAAACCAAUUUUAGACUGCUGUGCCUGUGGCACUGCCAAAUACAGGCUGACUUUUUAUGGCAACUGGUCAGAAAAAACUCAUCCCAAGGAUUUUCCACGACGCACCAACCACUGGUCUGCCAUCAUUGGCAGCUCCCACUCCAAGAACUACAUCCUGUGGGAGUAUGGGGGAUAUGCCAGCGAAGGUGUCAAGCAAGUUGCAGAGUUGGGCUCCCCAGUGAAGAUGGAAGAAGAAAUUCGACAGCAGAGCGAUGAGGUUCUGACAGUCAUCAAGGCCAAGGCACAGUGGCCAGCCUGGCAGCCCCUGAAUGUGAGAGCUGCUCCCUCUGCCGAGUUCUCCGUGGAUCGCCACAGGCACCUGAUGUCCUUCCUGACCAUGCUGGGCCCCAGCCCUGACUGGAACGUGGGGCUCUCUGCUGAGGAUCUCUGCACCAAGGACUGUGGCUGGGUGCAGAAAGUCGUGCAGGAUUUGAUCCCCUGGGAUGCUGGCACCGACAGUGGCGUCACCUAUGAGUCUCCUAACAAGCCUACAGUGCCUCAGGAGAAGAUCAGACCUCUUACAAGCUUAGAUCAUCCCCAAAGCCCAUUUUAUGAUCCAGAAGGAGGAUCUAUCAAGUUGGUGGCCAGAGUUGUCAUUGAGAGAAUUGCACGAAAGGGGGAGCAGUGCAAUAUCGUUCCUGAUAACAUAGAUGAUAUUGUGGCAGAUCUAGCACCAGAGGAAAAAGAAGAAGAUGAUACCCCUGAGACUUGCAUCUACUCCAACUGGUCCCCAUGGUCCGCCUGCAGCUCCUCCACAUGUGAAAAGGGCAAGAGGAUGAGGCAGAGGAUGCUGAAAGCUCAGCUGGACCUCAGUGUGCCCUGCCCAGACACCCAGGACUUCCAGCCCUGCAUGGGUCCGGGCUGCAGUGAUGAAGAUGGCUCCACCUGCAUGAUGUCUGACUGGAUCACCUGGUCCCCCUGCAGCGUGUCCUGCGGGAUGGGAACCAGGUCCAGGGAGAGAUAUGUCAAGCAGUUCCCUGAGGAUGGCUCCAUGUGCAAAGUGCCCACUGAGGAGACUGAGAAGUGUGUUGUAAAUGAGGAGUGCUCUCCCAGCAGCUGCCUCGUCACUGAAUGGGGGGAGUGGGACGAGUGCAGUGCCAGCUGUGGCACAGGGAUGAAGAGGAGGCACAGGAUGAUCAAGAUGACUCCUGCUGAUGGCUCCAUGUGCAAGGCAGAGACCACUGAGGCAGAGAAAUGCAUGAUGCCCGAGUGCCAUACCAUCCCCUGCCUGCUGUCUCCCUGGUCUGAGUGGAGUGACUGCAGUGUGACCUGUGGGAAAGGGAUGAGAACAAGGCAGAGGAUGCUGAAAUCUGCAGCUGAGCUGGGAGACUGCAACGAGGAGCUGGAGCAAGCAGAGAAAUGCAUGCUGCCAGAGUGCCCCAUCGACUGUGAGCUGACAGAGUGGUCCCAGUGGUCAGAGUGCAACACCUCCUGUGGCAAGGGCCACAUGAUCAGGACCAGGAUGAUUAAAAUAGAGCCCCAGUUUGGGGGAGCAGCUUGCCCUGAGACUGUGCAGCGUGCAAAAUGCAGGGUGAGGAAGUGCCUGAGGGGAGCAGGGAUGGAGAAAAGGCGCUGGAAGGAGGCCAGGGAGAAGAGGAGAAGUGAGCAAGCCAAGAAGAAUUUGGAUAGUGAGCAAUAUCCAGUUUGUAGGCUGAAACCAUGGACUGCUUGGACAGAGUGUUCUACCCUCUGUGGAGGUGGAAUUCAGGAGCGCUACAUGCUGGUGAAGAAGAGGUCCAAAAGCACUCAGUUUAGCAGCUGCAAAGACAAAAAGGAGCUGAGAGCGUGUAAUGUCCAUCCUUGUUAACAAAACACAAGGUUCCAGGUGAUGCACUCUGAGCUAAAUGGAAAGUCAACCUUGGUUUGUUUUUUUACAACAACAAGAACAACAAAAUAUAAAGUGUAUAUUAGUUUUCAUUUUUGCAGUGUGGUUUGCUUUUUAGUCUUGCUGGUGCAAGAAAAAUAUUUUAUAAAUAUUUCCUCACGGAUUUAUGCUGAGAGUCAGUCUUUGGUACUCCAGCCAGCCCUUAAUGCAUAAAAACAGUAAAGUCAUGGUGAGUUAUUUAACUAAAAUACAGACACAUCUGUGGACAUGGAAUAGCCAUACAGAAAUAUCUCUUGUAAAGACAUGGGAUGCAUGCAUAUUAACAAAACUAAGUUAAAGUGACAGAAAGUUACGUCUGUGGGAGGAUUUCUCUCUAGGUUUGAUUCUGAAAAUCCAAAGCAGUGCCUCUGUGAUUACACAACUAUGCCAAGGAGUAAUUUCAGUAAUGCUGGUUCAAUAACAUUAAAGGUGCAUGUUUAUCUUUUUACACUAUUGGGUUAAGCUGAUAGUUAUUAUUAUAAUAAUAAAAAUAAUCCUAAACACUUUUCUUCACAUGGAUGCUGUGGUCCAUGCAAGAAGGUCUUUUUUUCUUCCAAGCUUAGAAAGGAAAUAAUUUUUGCAGCUCAAUAGUGAUGUCUGACCAGCACACAAUCACAGCCAAGACAGCACAUAAAGAAAACAUGUAAAUAAUCAUAAUAUGUGUACAAUCCACCAUUGCCUGUCAAAAUGGACACAGAACCAGAAGGAAUUGGUCCAGAGUGUUGCAACAGCUGUGUCACAGGAUGUCUUCCACGAGACACACUAAAAAAUUCAAUUCAGUUUUGCAAGGAUCUUAUUCCAGGUGAGGAGGGAGGCAGGUUUAUAACAAAACAAAAAUGGUAGAGGAAAGGUGAGCCAGGCUCUCAUGCAUCCCUGAAAACUGAAAUGAGCCUCUGAAAGGAAACAGUGUCAGUCUUUUAAAAAAACUGAUUGUAGGUUGGCACAAGAUACAAAAUACUUUUACAGCAGUGCCGUUUAUGUCUUUUUUACUCAGAGUAUGGGGUAAUCUAAAAGUUACUAAAUUUGUGAGAAUUACCCAUUUGUGAUACCCCAGCCAGCCUAAAUGCCCUCCCUGACUACUUAAGUGAUUAAAACCCUGCCUUUCUAGGCUAGAAAAUACCCCCCCACUCCUCUAAUUGCUAUUUUUCCCCACCUCCUGCAGAAUUUAGCUCUCAUCCCUACAGAGAGCCAGGUGUAAUCAGGGAGACCCCUGGGCCCCACUUGCUCUUGGAAUACAAUAUUUUCCUGCAGUUUUAUUUCCCUGUAAUGAUCUCACAGUAAGAGGGAAGGUGAUGGGUUACCUUUGGGUCCAGCACACCCUGAUGUCUCUACAGAAUGCACUGAAAAUAAAGAUUGUUGAUCUUAAGCUUGAGAGAAAUGAAAGAAUUUGUUUUUUUAAUGGUCUCUAAACCAGCCCUAAGUAAUUUAUCACUUCCUUUACACUUGGUCACUACCCUGAGGACCUGACAGCUGGGUUUUAAAUUUUUGCAGUGCACCAGAACCCUCUGAGCUGCUCGUGUCCCCACCUCCAGCACCCUGGGGAGCCUCUGUUCCUGAGCAGCUCUCUGGGCUGGUGGCAUUCAUUGUGGGGCUGCUCAGCAGCAUUUUUCUCCACUGACCACUGCAAGGACUGCUCAGGACUCCCACAAGCCUCAUCCCACCCCCUCUCAAGGUAUCUCACUGCUUUCUGCAGAUUUGGAGCGAAGGAAAUAACAACAGCAGUGUGAACCCUGUCCUGCUGCUGCUGGGAGAAAUGGGGGCACACCCAUAGCCAACCAAACCAGGAGAGAAAAAAAAAUACAGCAAAUUUUAAUGCUGAAACUGAACAUUUCCUUUCUGCACAGCAUGGCUCACUUGAUGAUGUUAAUUCAGAUAGUUUGCCUCCUUGUGCCUGCUCUGGAGUUGCGCAGUUCAUUUCUCUGCAGCUCUGCCAUCUCAGCAUAGCAGCAAGACUGUCCCUCACUAAUGCAUUUAGGGCCAUACAUUGCUCUUUUGGGACCAAAAAUCAAGAGAAACCAAGGAAAACCAAACAGUGGAACGGUGCAGGUGCUGGAGGAGUGACCAGCUGAGCAUAUUUUGGGUGAAGAAAGCGCAGAGAAGGGCCAGGAUGAUCAAUGCCACAUCCCUGGGUGAGCUGGCAGGGGGUGUCCCAGCUGAGGCCAUUCAUGCAGAAAAGCAAACUUUGGCCAUAAAAUGUGUGGCAGAGUGCUUUGGGAGGCUUGGGAGGAUCUGGGAGCUGGGGCAGAGGGAGCAGGAGUUUCUCCUGAAUGGAACAAUUUGCACUUGUUCAAGCUCAUCUUGCAAAACCGUGCCUGUCUCAGCAAAUAAUCAGUGAAACCCAGUGUUGUAUUUUCAUUUUCACAUUUGUUCCAGUUCAUCAAGCUGUUUUGUCUACUGAAUACUCCCUUUGCCAAAGUCCAUAGUCCAAAUAAAUUACAGAAAACAUACACCACCUUUCUGAACAAAAUUGCCCAUUAAAAUAAUCUGGCAUUCUUUUCUCUGUGCUUCUUACUAAUUUGCUUCUCCACAUACUUUUUUUUUUCUUCUCUCUCUUGGAAGGCUGUUCAGUGUGGUUUCCAAUUCUUUCUCUUGGGCUCAGUAAAGUUCUGAAUGUUGCACAUCGCUUUUUCCCCCACCUUGUUAAUAGAUAAGAGCAAGGUGAUUGCACCUGGUCAGAAAUGUGUGACCACUCCUGCUUCUGUCCAGCUCUUCACAUUUGUUUUUCUGUUGAAGCAUUUUGCAGAUUUAUUUGUCUUUCUUCUAACUUGGUACAAGAGAAACACUUAGGCUUGUUACAUUUUGUAAAAAAAAAAAAAAAAAAAAACACAAACAAAAAGAAAAAAAAAGAGGUUGAUUUUCUAUUCAGAAAAAAAAAAAAAAAAGCAGAAAAAGCUCUGAUGUACAAUGUGUAGAAGUCUUGCAUUGUUACUGUAAACUUCCUAGUAGUGUAAUAGGCACUGGCUAUCAGUCAAUAAAAAGAAGAACUGAUCGUUCUGAUGUCCUGAAUAAUCCUGCUGAACUCAAAGCACAGAUGUCACACCAGUUUUGUAGACCUCAACUACCAGAUCUUAGCAUUGUGCAUACAUUUUGGGUUUUUUUAAUAUACAAACGAUAGAAUCUUUACACAUAAUAAAAAGAACAAAAGUUAGGGGCUUAACAAAUGUACAGUAGGACUCUGUUUGUGCAACAUAUGAGUUAAACAAAGUUUUGUUUGAUUUUUAGAUCUCCUUUGUUGUUUUUGUUUGCUGUGGAAUUAUGAAAAAGCUACCAUCAACAUUUCUUACCAAAGUCUUGUGUAGAUGUUUUGUAGCUGUCUGCCUAACACAUUGUUGUUAUUAUUAUAAUUAUUAUUAUUAUUAUUAUUUUGGAAUAAAGACAUCUUUACUAUGAA